AUGUAUCAGGAUCGCGACCCAAAUAAUACAAAAUUCGUAUUAGACCGGAUUAAUCAAACAGAAAAAUACUUAGGUAGUAUAUGUUUACAAUUCGGUAAGGUAUGUCGCAAAGAAGCACGCUUGCGUGAUUGUAAUGAUUCAUUGGCUCAAAAUAUGUUCGAAUUCGCUGAUCGUGAACGUAUAAAUACAACAUUAAGACAAAGUCUGCAGCAAUAUGCAAGUUAUUUAUCAGCUGUCGAGGAUUAUCGUAAUACACUUAUUACAAGAAUCGAAAAUCAAAUACUUGAACCACUUGCUAAAUAUGGCGAAGUAUUAAAACUUAAACGACAAGCCGUACAAAAGGCUAUUAAUGCACGAGAUAAAGGUGCUCAGCGACAGCGUAAACUACAACAAGCAACAAGUCGUAAUCCGGGCAACCGUGAUGCUAUUGUUGCUAUGCAAGUUAAUGCUGAAUAUGCACAAACAGAAUCAUCACGCGCAGAUAAUGUUGUUCAAGAUGAAAUUGAUAAAUUUGAACAAAUGAAAUUGACUGAUAUUAAAAAGUAUUUAACAGAUUUUACAUUAAUUAAUUUGGCUUUUCAUGCUCGUGCUAUGGAAAUGUAUACAUAUGCACAUCAACAAUUAUUAAAUAUUGAUAUUGCUCGUGAUUUAGAGGAAUUUCGAACGGCUGCACCAUUUCAUCGUCUUCAUCCAUCUCAACGAAGUGUCAGUGAGACGGCACUUAACAAUCCGAAACGAACAACAGGAGGUGCUCUCAGUGGUCAACAUUCAGGGUCUAUGAGUGUAUUACCAGAUCAUCGUCGUGAUGAAGAAUUAGGUUCACGUCAUAGUUUACCAGCGGAUACUCGUCCUUAUCGUGGUGGAUCAGUCGAAAAUGAUGAUUAUCGUAAGCCGCAAUCAGCACGAGGAGGUCUUCAUAGCUCGAGUCCGACGCAUGAACAUUCAUCAAAACAUGGAACAUCAACUAGUACUACUAGUAAACAAAAAACGACCAAACCAAAUAUUCCUGAAUUGAUUUCGUCCAAUUCAAGUGACUCAGAUGAUUAA